AAGCAAUCGUUUCAACAUCACCAUUUGGGUUCCGUUAUCAGCCUUGUAUCUGUGAAAACUAGUCUGCCAUGUAACUAUCUAUAAAUACAGGGCCAGUCUCGCUCAGAUCUUCAUCCAGCCAGUCCACCAUGUCCAUCCCUCCAUUCGAUUCCGCCACCUACUCCACCUACACCCAACCACCAAAUCCAUCAUGGACGUAUGGUCAGAGGGUCGACACCACUCCUGCCGGAAAAGAUUGGGUCGCAGGCGAAUCCGCAGGGUGGAAAGUCUAUAACACAGCGGAAACAGACAAGGGCGAUAUCUACAAGCUCUUGAUCUCGGGUAUCGUACCACGUCCCAUCGCAUUCGUGUCAACGAUUAGUGAAGAUGGCAUAGAGAACCUGGCACCGUUCAGUUGGUUUAACACAGUCACGAACUACCCGCCUAUCAUCUCAUUCGCAUGCAACCACGGCGCUCCGGGCCGCCUCAAAGACACGACCACGAAUUUGAAGAACAGCCAAGGAUUUACCGUGAACAUCAUUAGCGAGCCAUUCGUCGAGAAUGCAAAUGCAACUGCCAUAGACGCUCCUUCCAGUUUCGACGAGUGGAGUCUCAGCGGUCUGACAAAGGCAAAAUGCGUGCAAAUAAAAGCCUCUCGCGUCAAGGAAAGCGCUUUUAGCAUGGAGUGCGAGCUCUACAAAUCCAUAGAUAUCACCCACCCAGUCACAGGCGAGCACAACAGUACGCUGAUCCUCGCGCACGUCAAGUACAUUCACGUGCGCAAAGACGUGCUCACAGAGAAAGGUGUCAUCGACCUCACAAAGUUCAAGCCUGUCGCGCGUUUGGGCGAUAUCUCAUAUGCCCGCGUUGGAGAUGCAUACAGGAUCGCCCGUCCAUCAUGGGCGCAGGAUGAGGCGAAGAUACAAGAAGCGUUGGUGACUCUCUCAUCCCUGUGAAAUAGAAGGAGGCCAGGUUACUGUUUCUUUGGUAACAUAUACCAUAGAUUAUAAGACAUGCAAUAGAUAGAGUAUACCGUGAUCGAGUUCGUUGCAAUUUCUCAUCCCCGAGGUACUCCUACCUUAUAAAUCACUAGCAAAGGCGCCGAGUAACUAGCGAGUGAG